GAGCUCACUGGUGUGGACAUAUCAUUUUAAACCGAAUGUGUUCUUGCGCUCUCCCAUCUUUUAUAUAGAGUGGAAAUAUCUCUCUCUCAAUGAUCUUUCCAUGGUUCUUUCCAUUUACUCUAUGGAUCUUUCAACCAGUGUUUGCAGAUACCUUUGACACCUUCAUGGUACAAAUCUUUGCAGUGAUAAUGUAAACAAACCGGAGCUGGAUGCCAACACUGUUUUCACAGAGUGCUGAUUUGAUUCGCGUUAUUUACAAGUGCAAUGGCAAGCGAUGAACGUAAUUUUAGAUCGUCAUAUUACGAAAAAGUAGGUUUUAGAAGUGUCGAGGAGAAAAAAUCUCUCGAGAUUCUGUUGAAAGAUAAGCCUCUGGACAAAAUGAAACUGCGACAGUUUUGUAUACGUUUUACUGUGCCGGGAAUAUACAGAAAUUUAGUAUGGAAAGUACUUUUGGAUGUUAUUCCUAUUCAUGUAGAUUCUCACAAGUUCGUAAUGGAGCAGCGUAAAGAGGAAUAUAAGGAUUUGUUGCAUGCUUUGCGUUUAAUGCAAAUAGUGAAUGACGCAACUCCAAAACCAGAAUUAUUUUUGCUGAUGUGGCUGCUUCAAACUGGGAGAUUAACUUUAUAUCAAAACCAAUUAAAUAAAGCUGUGAAUAGAAACUUAUGUGCGAUUUCUCAUUCGCUGUCAGUCGUUUUUGACGACGAUGUUGACAUUUAUUGGUUGUCGAAGGGCUUCUUUGAAAGUGUUGUGAAGUUUCGUCAUGACAUACCGACGCUGAUAAAAUAUACGAAAUCAGUUUUAGAAAAAGAAGACGAAGAACUGUAUUGUCAUUUACAAGAUUUGGGUGCGUUUAAUACAAUUCCACUGGAUAAUUGGCUUUGUUGUUGUUUCGCAGGUGUGAUAAGCGAAUCAUCAUUGGGAAAAAUAUGGGACAAACUGAUCGGUGGUUCGUGUAAAAUACUUGUUUUCGUUGCUGUGUUAUUACUGGUAACACUCAAGAGAGCUUUGCUAAAAUGUGCGACGACAGACAACAUUGCAUCUUGUUUAAAGAAUAUAUCGGAAGAAGUGUCCGAAGUUAUAGUUAAUCAAGCCAUAGAAAUGUGGCAACAAUACGGUAGUAGUCUUAACACCGUUAUAAGUGCAGAGGGUGGCAAAACUCAUCUAACCACCAACAGACAGAAGUGAUCUGUUGUAAUGGUGAGACAGUUGUGCUUGAUGGAAAUUGCCGUACACUUUGUUUCUUCCUCGGAAACGAACACUCACUUUUUUCGUUUAGUUUUUGAGAAGGCUUCUUACAAUGUUUAUAAGUAUUUAUUUAGAAAUGACACAUAUUACAUAGAUGGAGAGCAUUUUUAAAUUUCAUAUUGUCAAUUUCAAAAAUGAAAUUGAUUUAGUGUGCUUUUCUCUUAAAUUGCUAAAAGAAUCUUGUUGUCAGUUUUGCGAAGUUUCUACUGCCGUCAAAUAAACUGAAUAAUAAGAGUAAUGGUGUCCAUCAAUACAAAUGUAAAUGUUCUUUGUUUGGAUAUGUUAAUAUUCAAACGUCAUGUCUGUUUUGUUAUAAAUGUCAAAAAGUUUGUCGUAUGAUUGUCACUGCCUUUGCAGUACCUCCUUGUUGCAAGGCUGGUUAUCCAAUUUAACAUCAACUCACUGCAUUAAAUACUUGUUUUACAGCAA